AGUUGACCUAAAUACAGCAUCUCUCGGUUCCUCAAGGCAGACGAUCACACAGCCUACGAGAGAGGCUCCGAAGAACGAGACUGUCUAGAAGUUGUUGUUUUUUUUUUCCUGGAGUAAUUCAUCGUCCCUUCAACGAGACAUUUCUGUCUGGAUCUCUUACAGCUGAGGUUUCGGCUCUCUCUCUUGCUCUCAUGGGCAGCGUCGGGAUGGUUCACGCGGAGCAGAAGACACUCUUGGCUGGAAUCAAGACACAUUCCCGGGAAUGAUUUUAUAAACAUCCAAAUCUGUUGUUUGUUUUUUUCUUGUUUGUUUGUUUGUUUUAAAAACAAGGUGCCUGGAGGACGGCCAGAAAAAGUCGAAAUGCUUGACGAUAAAGCUCCGAGAUCGAAGCUAGGUCCUCCGUCGAGAGGUUCGUCUUUUUACAUUGAGAAUUUACUGGGGACUACACACAGAGCAGCUUCAGCGGAGGAGCAGGCGGAGACCCCGAGCUUUAAAGUUACCGUCCACAGCCCGGUGAUCUGCCCGGUGAUCUGCCCGGGACUGGAAACAAGACGUGUGGGCGACAGUGAAGCGCUGAGCUGGAGCGGGACAUCGCCAAACACCGCGCACGGCGCCUCGAGAAGUCCGCCGUACAGGGACGAACACGCAGACUCCGUGCCGACGUGCGACCGGGAUUCCCCAACUUCUACGGGGCGGGCGGAGGAGACCGAUGAGCCGGAGGAGAAAGGGGACGAUAGUCUGACGGAUGACAGGGAGGAGGACGACGCGCGCUCCUACUGCUUCUCUCGAGACGACAGCUGUGAUACAGGUGACAUGAAAAUGGUACGAAAGAAGAAGACCCGCACCGUGUUCAGCCGGAGUCAGGUGUUCCAGCUCGAGUCCACCUUCGACCUGAAGCGCUACCUGAGCAGCUCGGAGCGAGCCGGGCUGGCCGCCUCGCUGCAGCUCAACGAGACCCAGGUGAAGAUCUGGUUUCAGAACCGCAGGAACAAGUGGAAGAGGCAGAUCGCUGCAGACAUGGAGGCCAGCAGCGCCGCCGUCCCCUACCCUGCCCAGAGGGUCGUCAGAGUUCCUGUGUUGUAUCGCGAUAGCGUCACCGGGCCCGUGACACUGACCAGCCUGUCUCAAGUGUCGCAACCAGUGCUCGGUUUCUCCAGUCAUAUCAGCUAUCCAUUGACUUCCCACUUCACCCAUCCGGUGUCGUUCCUAACACCACAGAUGACUGGACUGGUGUGACUUUAAGGGCCGAGGAUAACUGUGACUCUUUUGUGAAACCAAUCAAUCAAAUAAAGAUGCUGCAAAAACAUUUUUGUUCAGAUCCUGUCAAGUCAGACAAUAACAGUCAUCCUGUGACUAAAUGCUUCUUUUAGAGGUUUUCUAGAAGGAACUUCAAUAAAUGCACCCAGAUUCAGAUUAAAGGUGAAUCACUCAUCUCAUAGGCAAUCACGAUCCUUCAACGGCUGCUUUAAAAUCCUUUAAACAACAAACUUUCCCCCCUUUAGUAGCGUUUUUUUAUUUUGAACUUAAGCAAUUUUGAGAUUCAGUCCUAACUGUAGUGACUACUAAUGAUGAUGUUGGUUGUUUAAGCUGCCCACAGUCCUGUCCUCACGCCUCUAUGGAGGACGUUUCACACCAGGUCACACAGGUUUCAAGUAUAGCUCUAUUUAGUCCUGAUUUUUCACAGAAAUUGUAUGGAUGAUCCACACAUAUGGGAUCAAAUAAGGGUCAAUACGAUUUUGAGCUUAUGAAAUGAAGCCUUUGUAAAACUGCACGAGAAUUUCAAGAUUGAGGAUGUGUAGGGGGAAAAAUCUGUAGUAGAUUUAGAAUAAAGAAUUAGUGCACAAAUAUUAUCAACGCUCAACACAAAGAAAACAUCUGAGUAUAGAUUCAAAGCAGGAAACUGUGAAACUCAAACUGUCUGUUUUUAAUCUGUACUCCGGUGGUUAGUUCAGCUUUUUAUCAGAGUAACCUCAACACAGAACACACAUAUUAUUACACACGCACAAUUUCUCAUGCAGUUUUCUCUUUAUAAAGGCUGAAAUACAACCUUUUCCCAAUGUUACUUCAUGAGCCUUUUAUCUUUUUGACCCUUACGUGAGCUCAUGCAUAUAUAAGUUGGGGAAUAUGAUGCACUGUAUCCUUGGACCGGUCUACAAAAUGUAGAAACUUGAUCAUUUAUGCAAAAGACUUUUGGUGUUUUUGACUUUUAAUCUUUUGAUAGCUGUGAGCAUGUAAUUAGCAAUAUUCAUUGACACAUUUUUUUUUAUUUAAAGAGGAUUUUAAUACAGACUUUUGUACACUGAUGUGUU